CUAUUAUGACGUUACACCUGAUAGUUGAACGUGACAUUUAAACAUUCGGUAAAUGUGGAUCUGCAGUAGCCGCAGUCUUCCAUCAUUUCAUGUCCUAAUUUACAGUUAAAAUAAACACAUUUCGAAUCGGAUGUUAAAAGUUAGAAACAGCCUUUUUACGAAUUCAUUAGUGUGAAAAUGACGUCAUCAGUGUAUGAAGUAUUUUGCUCCGUCGGGGGGAAAACUAAAAGAAAUCAAGGAAAUUAGCCAGUUUUCAUACAUAGGUUAGUGGCAAGGUUCUUACGUUACCUUUCUAACUUUCUUAUACAGCGAAUCAUGUUAAAACCGCGUUUUUGUAAAGAAUAGUCAGCCAGGUAUAUUUUAAAGGUUAUUUUGACAGUGAGCUAUAAGUAAUUAUUAGACAAGAAGUUGGAAUAGAAAGUAGCGAUGUUGCCUAGAUUGCCAUUGGAGAAGACCUUGGGGUGUUUCAAUAGCCUUGUCGGGUGUACACAGUGUUUGAAGAAUGGAGCUGAAACUUGGUGCAGGUGGAAAUUACAGUGGAAAAGGAACUACGGGUUUCUACCAGAUGAUGUCAAAUCAGUACGGUCAGUGGUCAAUCCAGAUAUAUCUAGAAUUCGUAACAUUGGCAUCAUGGCCCACAUAGAUGCUGGAAAGACGACCACUACUGAGAGAAUGCUGUAUUACUCUGGAUAUACUCGUGCAUUGGGGGAUGUUGAUGAUGGGGACACAGUAACAGACUUCAUGGUGCAGGAGAGAGAGAGGGGAAUCACAAUACAAUCGGCUGCUGUAACUUUUGAUUGGAAGGAGCACAGAAUUAACCUCAUAGACACUCCAGGGCAUGUGGACUUCACCGUGGAAGUGGAGCGGGCCUUACGUGUUCUGGAUGGGGCUGUGGCAGUUUUUGAUGCUUCAGCUGGUGUGGAGGCUCAGACUCUGACAGUCUGGCGACAGGCUGACAGGCAUUGCGUGCCUCGUGUCUGCUUCCUGAACAAGAUGGACAAACCUGGAGCCAGCUUACAUUAUUCCAUUGAGAGCAUAAAGAAGAAACUGAAAGCAAAUCCAGUCCUUCUGCAGAUUCCCAUUGGCAGCGGUAAAGGCUUCACGGGAUUGGUCGAUUUGAUCACCAAAGAGCAAGUGGUAUGGAAUGUGAAGUCCUCCAGCGAAGACGGUCGAGUGUUCCAGAAGAUUCCCCUCAGCUCCUCUGAUAAUGCUGAACUCUUGAGCCAGGCUAAAGAGGCCCGGAGUAGCCUGAUAGAACAGGUUGCUGAUCUGGAUGAUGAAUUUGCAGAACUGCUGCUGGGAGAGUUCAGUGAGAAUUUUGAUGCCGUCCCAUCUGAGAAGCUGCGGGCGGCGGUGCGCAGGGUGACUCUGGCCCGGAAAGGCGUUCCUGUGCUCUGUGGGAGCGCUCUGAAGAACAAAGGGGUGCAGCCCUUGCUGGACGCCGUCACCACCUACCUGCCCGCGCCUAACGAACGCCACCUCGACCUGGUGCGAUGGUACAAGGAUGACCUGUGUGCCCUGGCGUUCAAAGUCCUCCACGACAAACAGCGGGGGCCCCUGGUGUUCGUCCGGAUCUACUCGGGGACCAUGAAGCCCCAGUCUGCCGUCCACAACAUCAACAGGAACGCCACGGAGAGGAUGAGCCGCCUGCUGAUGCCCUUCGCUGACCAGCACGUGGAGAUUCCCUCUCUGACCGCGGGCAACAUCGCCCUCACCGUGGGCCUGAAACAGACGGUGACGGGCGACACCAUCGUCUCCUCCAAGGCGUCCGCCGCGGCCGCGGAGCGCCGGGCCCUGAAGGAGGGGGAGGGGGGAAGGGGCGCGCAGAAGGGGCCAGGCAGUCUGGUCCUGGCUGGAGUGGAGGUCCCCGAACCCGUGUUCUUCUGCACCGUUGAGCCCCCCUCCAUGGCCAAGCAAACAGACUUGGAGCACGCUCUGAAGUGUCUGCAGAGGGAGGACCCCAGCUUGAAAGUAAGAACAGACCCAGACUCAGGACAGACUAUUCUUUGUGGAAUGGGGGAACUCCACAUUGAGAUCAUUCACGAUCGAAUCCGGAGAGAGUACGGCAUCGAGACUCACCUGGGCCCUCUGCAGGUGGCCUACAGGGAGACCAUCCUCCAGCCGGCGUCUACCACAGACACACUGGACCGGACUUUAGGGGACAGGAGGCACGUGGUGACGGUGGGGCUGUCCGUGAGGCCCUGGGAGGAAACCACUUCCAGCACUUCCUGUGACCUCACCUACAAGGAGAAGGUGGAGCUUCCUCCGGAUGUCAAAAUGGCGGUGGAGAACGGGGUACAGAGCUCAUAUCUCCAAGGACCGCUGCUGGGCUACCCAAUGCAGGGAGUGAGCACCACCGUGGAGUCUGUGAGAAUCCAGCCUGGCACAUCCAUGGCCAUGGUGUCUGCGUGUGUGUCCCGCUGCAUGCUCAAGGUGUUAAGGCAGGCAGGCGGGCAGCUCCUGGAGCCCCUGAUGAGUCUGGAGAUCACCUUGGAGGACGGGCACCUGAGCUCCGUGCUGGGGGAUCUGGCACAGAGACGCGGCGCCAUCCACGACAUCCAGAGUCGCCAUGACAACAAGGUGGUGCUGGCCUCCGUGCCACUGGCCGAAAUGAUGGGCUACUCCACUGUCCUACGCACUUUGACCUCAGGGAAUGCCACCUUCUCCCUGCAGCUGUCCAGCUACCAGGCCAUGAGCCCCCAGGACCAGAGUGUCCUCCUGAACAAAAUGGCAGGACUGGUAUGACAGCCCUGAGCUCAACAUUCGGUGAUGCCAUGACUACAGGAACUGGUGAAGCGUGAUCCUCUGUGUGGAUCCCUUUCACCUGACUCGAGAGGGAUGAUUCCAGAAAACGUACCUCUCAAUGAAGACGCGCUUUACAAACAUGCUAAUCGGCUUCAGCAUGUUUGCGAGUAAAAGCUUUAGAUAAGUGCAUAUUUAAGGUCUUAAAUGUGCAUAAACCUGAAGUAAAAUACACAAUCUCAUUCUUACAGUGAAUCUUAGGACCUUACAGUGACUCUGACCCUCCAGUUUUACCUGUGUAAACACAAUGAGUAGAUCAUUCAAAUCUAAAUUGUGUUUGGUUGGAGCAAUACUUUAAUGUGCUGCAUCAUAUAUGGUUUCCAUUUUGUCAAGUGCAGAACAUUGAUUGUAAUAGUGGACUGACUGCCACCUUCCAUGUUGCUGUCCUCACUUCCAAGCUAUAAACAUACCAUCAACCUGAACUGUUUAAAAGGGUUGCACCAGUGAAUAGUAUCAACACACAAAUAAAGAAAAGAUAUACAGAAUAUA